UACGGUUUUGAUGAUUUUUCGGUCUUUCGGGGGCUCAUCAUGGUGAAUAAAAUUAGAGCAGUGUUAAUUGACCUCAGUGGAACCUUGCACAUCGAUAAUUCUGUGAUUCCGGGGGCCGUGAGUGCCCUGAAAAGGCUCCGUACGACCGACGUAAAAAUUAAAUUCGUUACGAACACAACGAAAGAAUCAAAGUCCUGCCUCUACGAUCGAUUGAAUAAACUCGGCUUCGAUAUUGCAAAAAAUGAAAUAUUCAGUUCACUGGGGGCUGCGCGAGAGGUCUUACAGGCUCGCAAACUCAAUCCCUUUCUCAUGAUUGACGAUGCAGCGAUGGAGGAUUUUCAGGAUCUGCAGAAUCCGGAUGGGGAAUUCACUGCGGUCGUUGUGGGACUGGCACCAAAAAAAUUCAAUUAUGAUGAGAUGAAUCAAGCGUUUAGGCUGUUGUUACAAGGGGCAUCUCUGAUCGCCAUCCACGAGGGAAGAUAUUACAAACGUGGGGAUGGACUCGCCCUGGGACCUGGUGCGUUCAUCCGAGGCUUGGAGUAUUCGGCGAACGUCAAAGCCGAAGUCAUUGGAAAACCGACGAAAGGGUUUUUCGAAGCUGCACUGGGGGAAAUAGCCCCUCAGGAUGCUGUCAUGAUAGGGGAUGACGUCAGGGACGACGUUGCCGGGGCCCAAGCAGCAGGCAUCCGAGGCUUUCUGGUGCAGACUGGAAAAUACCGUCCAGGAGAUGAGACAUCAAUAUCCCCCCCACCAUCCAAAGUUGUUCCAUCCUUCGUUGAAGCGGUAAAUGAAGUUCUCAAAGAAUUCCCAGAAGCGUAAUACAUGGACAUUAAUUCUACCCACCCCCCAUUUAUCGAAAAACAAUAGAAUGUAAUUUAUGAAGAUGAAAAAUUUGAAUGUGAGCCAUUAUUCCCUAUUUUUCCUCCAUUUUCAUCCGUGACAUGUUUUUUUUACAAUUUUAUUAAACUAGAACUGAAAUUAUUCAUCACUAAAUUCUCUAGAAAACAUUAAUUAAUUUUAAUUUACAAUUUUCCUCAAUUACUGCCGAAAUUCUGAGAUUAAUGUCAAGUAAUUGAUUAACCCAGACAUAUUUAAACCUCGGAAUCUGUGAAUAAAAAAUAUUUCAUUAAUAAAAAUAGUUAUUACACAUGAAAAAUCAAAAACCCAGGGAAAUACCAGUGAAUUCAUAUUUAUUAUGUUCAGUCGAUCAAGUAUGAGAUUUUUCGGAUUACAUUAUUCUCAUCUGAGUAAAAUUUGGCUGCCAGACAAUGUUCAAUAACUAGUGAAUUGACAUAUUCCUCAUUUCCCCAUCAGAUAUAUCCUCCCACUGACUUAGGCCAGAGGCAAAUAUUCACAAAAAAAAUUAUUCAUCCAGCCCAGGAGACAAGCAAGUGAAAUCAAUCCAGUUGUGCACUUCGACAAAUCAACAAAUGAUAAUUCACAUAUUCGACGAUUGAGAGCUCGUAGUGCGACACUAUCCGCAAAU